GAGGACUAUCAAUUCUACUCCAUUGAGAAAUCCAUAUAAAUUAGAUGUUUUUUAAAUCCCCCACCAUCUUAAAAUGCCAAAUAGAUACUUUUCCACUAAGCUCAUAGUAGUAGUUGACUUGGAAGCAUAGGAUCAUCUCUUAAAAUGUGUUAUGUACCAGCAAGGACUGAAAUAUCUUGCCUGGAAAAAAACAGAUCUAGCUUUUAGAGCAGGACUCUUCUGUAGGUUGUGCUGAUUAUUGCUUUGUGCUGCUUGACUGUGAUUUUUGGCACACAGUGUCACAUACCAAAUUCCCAAAAUAAAAUGCUACAUGAUAUUCUAAGAGUUCUUAGGAAGGUUUAAAAAGGGAUUUGUCUGCUGAGUGGGUACCUCUUCUGGUGAAGCCAAAUGAUGCAGCAGCAAUGGUUUAAAAGGAGAAAAACUUUAGUCAGCAGAUAAUUAGUCUUUUUAAAUAAGAGCAAGGAGAAAAAAAUAAAACCUUCCAUCAGACUUGUGUUUGUAGAAGUUGUCAGCAACUCUGCUUUGAUUGGAGAGGGUGUGCAGCUCUUGGAAUAGUUAAAACAUCUGUUCAGAGACGUUGUGAAAUGCUCGUGUUCGGAACCCCUGAUAAGGGGAACUGCUGAGCGCUUGGCUCCCAGAGGCUCCACAGGCAGCAAAGGCUGCACAAGCUGUGGCCACCGCUUGCCUCUCCUCCUCCUGGGCAGCACAAAACACAGGAGACAGCUACUAUUCUACAUGUGAUUCUGCUUCGAGAGGGAGAGAGCAGGAAGUGCCUAGGAAAUGGUUCAUGACAGAAACCUGGAGUUUUAAAUAGGAGAGAGGAGGAGAGCACAUGGGCACAGUUUGUGAACUGCUGAAACACUGACACAAGAGCAGCAGGGGAAAACCAGACUUCUGUGAGAGCAAGCACAUCCCGAGCUAUCCUGAUGGAAGGAGAGACAGUUCCCGAGGCCAGGGGAGCAGCCAGCAAAGCCACUCGGAUCGCCCUCGGUGUCUUUGUCAGUGGCACUGUUGUGCUUGGCACCGCUCUUUUCUUGGUUAGCCAAGGUCUUAUAAAGUUUCACCCGAAGCAGCAGUACUGUUUGACUGCAGAAUGCAUUGAAGCUGCUGCUGGCAUCCUGAGCAAGAUAAAUCAGUCUGUAGAUCCAUGUGAGAACUUCUAUCGAUUUGCAUGUGAUGGCUGGAUACAUAAUAACCCUAUUCCUGAAGAUAUGUCCAACUACGGUGUUUAUCCCUGGCUGCGACACAAUGUGGACCUCAAAUUAAAGGCAUUGCUAGAGAAACCCAUCAGCAAAAGACGAGACAGUGAAGCUGUACAGAAGGCCAAGAUCCUUUAUGCAUCCUGCAUGAAUGAGAAUAAAAUUGAAAAAGCUGAUGUGAAACCCCUGUUAAGUGUACUGAAACAUUCACCUUUCCGCUGGCCUGUGCUGGAAUCCAAUAUUGGACCUGAAGGACUGUGGUCAGAAAGGAGGUUCAGCUUAGUCCAAGCCUUGGCAACUCUUCGUGGCCAGUACAGCAGCUCUGUCUUCAUCCGUUUGUAUGUGGCUGCUGAUGACAAAAUCUCCAAUCGCUACAUCCUGAAGCUUGAUCAAGCAAGCCUCUCUCUGGCAUCUCGAGAGGAUUACCUAGAAAAUACCACAGAAGCCAAAUCUUACCGAGAUGCCUUUCUGCAGUUCAUGGUUGAUACAGCAGUGCUUCUGGGUGCAAAUGCGUCCCGAGCUGAAUCUGAUAUGAAAUCAGUUCUAAAACUGGAAGUUAAAAUAGCAGAGAUCAUGAUUCCAUAUGAAAAUCGAACAAGUGAGGUGAUGUACAAUAAAAUGAACAUAUCGGAGCUUAGUGCCAUGAUUCCACAGUUUGACUGGCUGGGAUACAUCAAGAAGGUGAUUGACACCAAACUCUAUCCUGAGCUUAAAGAUAUAGGCCCUUCAGAAAAUGUGAUUGUCCGUGUUCCCCAGUACUUCAAAGAUUUAUUCAGGAUACUAGAAAAUGAAAGGAAAAAGACUCUUGCCAAUUACCUGGUGUGGAGGAUGGUUUAUUCAAGGUUAUUUAACCUCAGUAGACGUUUUCAGUAUCGGUGGCUGGAAUUUUCUCGGGUGAUCCAUGGGACUACAACUUUGCUGCCCCAAUGGGAUAAAUGUGUGGACCUUGUAGAAAAUGCCCUCCCCUACGUUGUGGGUAAGAUGUUUGUGAAAGCUCAUUUUCAAGAAGACAAGAAAGAGAUGAUGGAGGAAUUGACUGAAGGAAUUCGCUGGGCUUUUAUUGACAUGUUAGAAAAGGAAAACGACUGGAUGGAUUCUGAAACAAAAAGAAAAGCUCAUGAGAAGGCAAAAGCAGUUAUGGCGAAAGUUGGUUACCCUCAGUUUAUAAUGAAUGACACAUAUAUUAAUGAAGACAUCAAAACACUGAAGUUUACAGAAAAUGAUUUUUUUGGCAAUGUAUUGCAAACUCGCAAAUACGCAGCCCAAUCUGAUUUCUACUGGCUUAGAAAAGAAGUUCCAAAAACAGAGUGGUUUACAAGCCCAACUACUGUGAAUGCUUUCUAUAGUGCAUCUACCAACCAGAUCAGAUUCCCAGCAGGAGAACUUCAAAAGCCUUUCUUUUGGGGAACAGAGUAUCCUAGGUCAUUAAGUUAUGGUGCCAUAGGAGUGAUUGUUGGCCAUGAGUUUACUCAUGGAUUUGAUAGCAAUGGUCGGAAAUAUGACAAAAAUGGAAAUUUAGACCCUUGGUGGACGACUGACUCUGAAGAAAAGUUUAAAGAGAAAACAAAAUGCAUGAUUAAUCAAUACAACAAUUACUACUGGAAGCAAGCUGGCUUACAUGUGAAAGGGAAGAGAACUUUAGCAGAAAACAUUGCAGAUAAUGGAGGUUUGCGAGAAGCUUUCAGGGCAUACAGGAAAUGGAUUACAGAAAAGAGGGGAGGAGAAGAAGAGCCUUUGCUUCCAGGCCUUGAGUUCACACAUAACCAGCUUUUCUUUCUGAGUUAUGCCCAUGUGAGAUGCAACUCCUUUAGACCAGAAUCUGCGAGGGAACAAAUAUAUACUGGAGCUCACAGCCCUCCUCAGUUCAGGGUGAUCGGAGCCAUGAGCAACUUUGAGGAGUUCCGCCGUGCCUUCCACUGCGCGGCGAACACGACGAUGAACCGCGGCGCAGAGUCCUGCCGGGUCUGGUAG